GCCACCUCAUAUAUAGAGACCAGAACCCAGCUUAGGAGAGCAAGAAGCUGUCAGCAAGCCCAGCCAGAGUGCGGACGGUGCCUCGGAAUCAGGGAAACCCCAGAAGGAAAGGCCAAAAGAGGACCAAGGAGCCACAACAUGAAUCCACAAGGAGGAAAGGCAUUUGGGAUGCUGAAAGCUCAGCAGGAAGAGUUCCUGGACUCCCUCAAUAAGGAAUUCCUGGAUGAUCCCAAGUACAGUACAGAAGAAGACCUUGCCCCCAAACUGGAAAUGUUUAAGAAGAAAUACAUGGAAUUCGACCUUAAUGCACAAGGUGAUAUAGAUAUCAUGGCCUUGAAAUGCAUGUUGGAAAAGUUGGGUGCUGCCAAAACCCACCUGGAACUGAAGAAGAUGAUUACUGAGGUGACAGGGGGUGUGGGUGAAACCAUCUGCUACCGAGACUUUGUCCUCAUGAUGCUGGGCAAGCGAUCCGCUAUCCUCAAAAUAAUCCUGAUGUUUGAAGACAUGAAAAAAGAAGACGAGAAACCAGCUGGGCCCCCUCCAAAGAAAAACAUUUCAGAGCUUCCUUAAAUCCUCCCACUUCAUAAGAUUGCCUCCAGCUGGCUACUAGAGCUUUUUCUUUAAUGUCCUGGGAAAGGGGUUAGUUCUGGGGUGCCCAACUUUGAAUCUCCGGAUGUUGCUGGACUAUAAUUCCCAUAAUCCCCAGCCACAGUAGCCAAUAGUUAGUGGUGAUGGGAGCUGUAGCCCAACAGCAGCUGGAGCGGGCCAAAGCUGGGCACCCCGGGAUUGAAAUAGCAAGUCCUCUCAUGAAAGAACAAUGCCCAUUUAACUGGGAGCAGGAAUAAUUUUCCUAAUAGGUAAAAUUUCCAUUUGUUCUACUUUCUCUCUCUCUUUCCUCAAAAUGGCAGUUGCAGAAAUGAAGAAACUCAUCAGGGAAGAUUUGGGGUAAUGAUUUAAGAGUCUGGGGGAAUAUACAGCAAUGUUCAGGAUCGCCCCCUCCCCAAUCUUUCCCCUCCCUGCUAACAUAAGGGGAAAUUGGAAAUUUUAGAAAAAUGGAAACUAUCUCCAGAACUAUUAUCUCUCAUAAUGAAGAGUAAAAUAAUGCAGAGGAAUACCAAAACAUGUUAUUACUACUGCCCUUCAAACUUUCCUAAUGCUUUCCAAUAACAACUAAUAAGGGUGUAAUUCUGCUCUCUCCAUGUGUGUGUAAUUCUGCCCUCCAAUGUGUGGAGAGAAGGAUGCAGAACAGAUCCUCACGGAAGCCACACAAAAUCCUCCUCUUCCUCUCCAUACCAUAAGAACAUAUUAAAAGCCCUUCUGGAUCAAACCAAAGGCCUGUCUAGCCCAGCCUCCCGUUUCUCCAAGUGGCCAGGCAGAUGCCUCUGAGAAGCCUACAAGACGGAGAUGAAGUUGCCUAACACUAAUGAUCCCCAGCAGUGGGUAUCCUGCUGAUAUACUGCUGCUGAACGUGGAAAUUCCAUAUAACCAUAGCUCAUUGCUACUGAUAAACCUCUCCUUCACCUUG